GGCGGCGCGGCUACCAUGGCGGCGGCGUUUGAAGCCCCGGCGGCCCUAGCGACCGGGGAGACGGUUAUGCCCGCGGAGCGUGUGGCCGAGGCGGCCCCGGGGCCGGAGCCGAGCCCCGGGCCGCCGCGGAGCCUGCGGACGGCUCACGACAUCGGCGGCCCGCGCACUCGCACCGGGGACGUGCUGCUGGCCGAGCCGGCGGACUUCGAGUCGCUGCUGCUGUCGCGGCCGGUGCUGGAGGGGCUGCGGGCGGCCGGCUUCGAGCGGCCCUCGCCGGUGCAGCUCAAGGCCAUCCCCCUGGGGCGCUGCGGGCUCGAUUUAAUUGUUCAAGCUAAAUCUGGCACUGGGAAAACCUGUGUAUUCUCCACCAUUGCUUUGGACACUCUUAUCCUUGAAAAUUUAAGUACUCAGAUUUUGAUCUUGGCUCCAACAAGAGAAAUUGCUGUACAGAUACAUUCUGUUAUCACGAGUAUUGGAAUCAAAAUGGAAGGCUUAGAAUGUCAUGUCUUUAUUGGAGGGACUCCAUUAUCACAAGACAAAGCCAGACUUAAAAAAUGUCAUAUUGCUGUUGGAUCUCCUGGUAGAAUUAAACAACUGAUAGAACUUGACUACCUGAACCCAGGCAGUGUACGUCUCUUUAUUCUUGAUGAAGCAGAUAAGCUUUUAGAAGAAGGCAGCUUCCAGGAGCAAAUAAAUUGGAUUUAUUCUUCCUUACCUGCCAGUAAACAGAUGUUGGCAGUAUCAGCUACUUACCCUGAAUAUUUGGCCAAUGCUUUGACAAAGUAUAUGAGAGAGCCCACAUUUGUAAGACUAAAUUCCAGUGAUCCAAGUCUCAUAGGUUUGAAGCAAUAUUACAAAGUUGUCAAUUCAUACCCUUUGGCCCAUAAAAUUUUUGAGGAAAAGACUCAGCAUUUACAGGAACUGUUCAGCAGAAUUCCAUUUAACCAGGCCUUAGUCUUUUCUAAUUUGCAUAGCAGAGCACAACACUUGGCUGAUAUACUUUCUUCUAAAGGCUUUCCUGCUGAGUGCAUUUCAGGCAACAUGAAUCAGAAUCAGCGUCUUGAUGCUAUGGCUAAACUGAAGCAGUUUCAUUGCAGAGUCCUCAUUUCCACAGAUUUGACUUCCCGUGGGAUUGAUGCUGAGAAGGUGAAUCUGGUUGUAAAUCUGGACGUGCCAGUGGAUUGGGAGACAUAUAUGCAUCGGAUUGGCAGAGCUGGCCGUUUUGGUACUUUGGGACUGACAGUGACUUACUGUUGCCGGGGAGAAGAAGAAAAUAUGAUGAUGAAAAUUGCCCAGAAAUGUAAUAUCAACCUUCUUCCUUUACCAGAUCCCAUUCCUCCCGGUCUGAUGGAAGAGUGUUUGGAUUGUGAUGUGGAGGUUAAAGCAGCUGUGCAGACAUGUGACCUGGCAAGCGUACCUUCCCAGCACCUAAAAAAGCAAAUUCAAAAAAUAGAGAGAACCUUUCAAACUCAGAAAACUCAUGGUAACCACGUGGUUUCACCUAGAAAUAGUUCUGUCUCUUCAGUAUCAGUCAAAUCAAAAAAUAACGCCAAACAGAAGCUUCCUGCGAAAAGCCAUUCAGAUUGCGGAGUUACAGAAAAAGCAGAGCCACCGCGAGGCCUGGGCGGGGCCGUGCAACUGGACGAGCAAGUGAAGAAUUCUGCUCAGGCCCCUGUUGAAAAUACUGCUCACAGUCAGCAGCAGGGCAAAGAAGCAUUGCCUGUGUCACUCCCCAAAAUUCCUUGUCUGUCUUCCUUUAAAAUCCAUCUGCCAUGUACUUUCACUUUUGCAGAACUGGUGGAGGAUUAUGAACACUAUAUUAAAGAGGGGUUGGAGAAACCUGUGGAGAUCAUUAGGCAUUACACAGGUCCAGGGGACCAGACUGUGAAUCCUCAAAAUGGUUUUGUCAGAAAUAGAAUUACUGAAGAGAGAACACAGAUUCUGGCAAGUAGUAGCCAGUCUGGAGACUCUGAGAGCGACAGCGAUUCUUACAGCUCAAGGACCUCUUCUCAGAGCAAAGGAAACAAGUCAUACGUGGAAAUUUCUUCUGACACUCAGCAGAAAGACUCUGAAUCUACUUCUGUGAAUGCCCAUCUCACUUUGGAACAACCUGUAAAUGGAAAUGGCACCCCUAAUCUCGUAGAGUAUCACGAGCCGUCGGAAAUUCCAAUAAAGGCGAGGCAUAAAGAGGGGGCAAGCCAGAGAGCUAAGCAGAGCCGGAGAAACCUUCCUAGGCGGUCUUCCUAUCGGCUGCAGACAGACUCGCAGGAAGACAGUUGGUAUGACUGCCAUGGGCAAACGCACCCGAGUUUCUCUGACACCUACCAGGAUUAUGAGGAGUACUGGAGAGCUUACUACAGGGCAUGGCAGGAAUACUACGCUGCUGCCUCUCAGUCAUACUACUGGAAUGCUCAGAGGCACCCGAGUUGCAUGGCGGCCUAUCACAUGAACACUGUUUACCUACAAGAAAUGAUGCGUGGCAACCAGUGAUUAUAGAUUUGCCUCAAACCACCUGGAGACACCAGCCAGCAAAACCUUUAGAUAAUCGUCCUCUUGACUUAUGAUAGAAUAGCAUAUGGUGGCUUUUUUGAGGAACUUGAAAAGUCUUGAGACUUUCUGCUAGGUGACAUCUAUUUUUCAGAUUGUUUUGAUUUAGGCCUUUUUUAUAAAGAAUUUUCAUGGGUCAGAUUCUUGAAAGAAUUUUUGGGCCAUAAAACUCAAAGGUUCUAGGGUACCAUUUUCUAUAAGCCAUUUCAAAAAGAAAGCUUUAAUAUGCUACUGCUUACUUAAAUAAAAACAGUUGAAAUUUGA